UUCCUCUGGCUCUCACUCGUCUCCUCACCUUUUCAUCCCCUCACUCUCCUAUCUUACCUACCCAAAAGUCACGCAAUGUUCGCUCUUCGUGCCGCUUCCAGGGCUCAACGGGUGGUAGCUCAGGCAUCCGCCAAGAGGGCCUUCCACCCCUCCCCGAUGCCCUUGGCGUUGACCAAGUUCCAGAUGCCGGCCAUGUCGCCCACCAUGACCGAAGGAGGGAUCUCUACCUGGAAGAUGAAGGAGGGGGACACUUUCGCCGCGGGAGAUAUCAUCCUCGAGAUCGAGACUGACAAGGCGACCAUGGACGUCGAGGCGCAGGAUGACGGAGUCAUGGCCAAGAUCCUCGUCGGCGACGGAACCAAGGGAGUCAAGGUCGGAACCCUCAUCGCCAUCACCGCCGAGGAAGGUGACGACCUCUCCGGAGCCGAGGCCAUGGCUCAGGAAGGCGGCGACUCUUCCUCCGCUCCCUCUUCCUCCUCCGAAUCUUCGGAAUCUUCAUCUACAUCUCAACCUCAGGGCAACAAGUCCGAGGCCGCCAAGGAGAAGGAGGUGGAAGGUUCGCACGAAUCCGUCCAGACCACCUCGUCCGAGUCGGCCGCUCUGGACGUCACCCCCGCCCUCGGUACCCCUGCCGACGAGCGCAAGUACGGUUCCGGUGGAAAGGUUGGAGAUAUGAAGAGCCCCAAGGAGUCGAGCGGUGGGGACAAGAAGAAGUUCUUUGCGAGCCCGUUGGCUAGGAAGAUUGCCCUUGAGAAGGGGAUCCCGUUGGGCGAGGUCAAGGGGACCGGACCCGAGGGCAGGAUCACCAAGUCCGACGUCGAGUCGUACAAGCCCACUUCCAGCCCCGCCGCCUCUUCUUCUUCUUCCAAAUCCGCCCCUGCUUCCUCUUCCUCCAAACCCGCCCAGGCUUCGUCUUCGAGCUCGUCGGCAGACUACGAAGACGUGCCCGCUAGCAGCAUGAGGAAGAUCAUCGGACAGAGGUUGUUGGAGAGCAAGACGACGGUGCCGCAUUACUACGUUACCGUCGAGGUCAACAUGGACCGAGUGAUGAAGUUGAGGGAAAUGUUCAACAAGGCUUCCGAGGGCAAGAGCAAGCUCUCGGUCAACGACUUUAUCGUCAAGGCUUCGGCUUUGGCUUUGGCUGAUGUGCCCGAGGCCAACACGGCUUGGAUGGGAGACAGCAUCAGGCAGUUCAAGAAGGCCGACAUCUGUGUCGCCGUGGCUACCCCUACCGGUCUGAUCACCCCGAUCGUCAAGGACGUCGGCUCCAAGGGUCUCACCAGCAUCUCAUCCGAGGUCAAGUCGCUCGCCGUCAAGGCCAAGGACGGCAAGCUCAAGCCCGAAGAAUACCAGGGAGGCUCGUUCACCAUCUCCAACCUGGGCAUGUUUGGCGUCCAAGAGUUCACCGCGAUCAUCAACCCGCCCCAGAGCUGUAUCCUCGCCAUCGGAGGCACGGUGGACCGAUUGUUGCCCGACGCGUCGAGCGAAAAGGGCUUCAAGGUCGCCCAGAUGAUGAAUGCUACCUUGUCGGCCGACCACAGGACGGUCGACGGAGCGAUCGCGGCCAGGUGGUUGAAGGCUUUCAAGGGGUACAUGGAGAACCCGUUGACUUUCAUGUUGUAGGCGAGCUCGGGGUCGUUUGUAUGAGGACGUGGGGGGGUUUCAUCUUUCGGUUUCUAUAUGCAAUAGAUUGUGUCAUGUGAAGAAUCCAAAGUUCUCGAGCACGUAUGAUGGGUUUGUUAGUAGACAUCACCAGGCAGCGGGACACACACAAUCAGGCGACUAUUGCCAGAAUGGUAGACGAGCCCAGGACUCGUAGAAGGGCGAUGAGCCGAGGAUGAACUUAAUGUUGAGACGCGGUCAUCGGGAGAGCAGGGAAAGGGUCGAAAAGGAAAUGUAAACAUGGCUAGAUUUGGUUUCAAAUCGAGAGUUCAUUUUCGUGA